AUGGAUAGUUGGAAAACAGUGAUAGAUAAAAAUCUAUCACAAAUAAACGACACAUUAAAUGAUAUUAUUAAGAAAGAUCUUACUAUAAUAAAAGAAGAGUCUCUGGAAUUAAAGACAGAGAUUAAAAAUGUUUGGAAGCAAUAUACAGAAGUAAAAUCAUGUGUCGCAGUACUGAGUGCACAACAACCCGAAAUGCAAAAAGAAAAAAUCACACUUCAAAAAUCAGUGCAGUUUAACUCUGACUGGCAUGAUGAAACCACUAAAAAGUUUGAAGUCCUAUUUGAGCUCACAAAGAAAACUGACAACCUCAAAUCGGAAAUUUAUAAUCUUAAACUACAAAAUCAACAAUUAAAUCGACAAAUGAACAUUAACGAGUAA